CUUGUAUUGUUUGCAAAUGGAGAUCAAAAUUAUUGUUGAAAUCAUUUGAUUUAUAAUUAAUUAUAAUUAAUGUAAAAACAUAUUAAAUACUUUUAUUUGUCACUCAAGUUAUUGUCUUAAUAUACUUGAAGUGAUUGUGAGAACUGCCAUCAGUGGUGAUAGUGAUUGAGUGGUAAAUCAAGUGAUGACAACUGCUUUGUUGAGUAACGAAAUGGAUGAAAGAGUUGUACCAAAUGAAGACAACAGUAGUUGUGUUCAAACAAACCAAACAUCAGACGUCUGUUUCAUCUGUAAAGUAGUUUUUGACAGAAAUCUUAAGAAAAGUCGCCGAAGAAUUUUAAGAGAUAGGGAUGACUUGGUUUCACCACUUUUGUUGCUUCUUUGGACAGCACAGCGCACCGGCAUCUGGUUCUCCACUCAUGACAUGCAUCUAAAUGUCGGCCCUUUGGAUCAAUCGGUGACACAACACUUACAGCAACAGUUUGCCUGUCGGAAGUGCUUUGAGAGAGUCAUCAAAUUGCAAAGGGAUGUCCACAACUUGGAGAAUGAAAUGAACAUUAUUUUGGAUCAAAGUUUUGAUACACUUCUUGAUUUAGAUAUUAUAAAAGGCGAUGAAUGCAAAGUUCAACAAUUGAAGAAUGAAUUACAACAACAAAAGACUUGUAACGAUAAUAUCAAGACUAAGAAAGAGAAAAAUAUUAAGAAAAAAGUGAAAGUCUUGAGUAAAAAGAAAAAGAAAAAGACAUCAAAUCAAGCGAUUUCUCAAAUACCACAACAACAGCACAUCCAGAAAACUAAACAAAUUUUACUAUUAGCGAAAUCACAAGAAGGCGAUGGACAGCAACUUCUUGUUCUUCAGGUGCCAGCAAAUGAUAACGAAGGCGAAGACAGCCAACUGACAUCUGAAAGUCAAGUGAUUGAAUAUAAUCCCAAUGUUGACCAUCAUUACCAUAACGAUGAAAAUGGAGCAGUUUUUCUCAGUUCUAAUGCAAUUCCUGUAACCACUUGUGUUACCGUAACGUCUGAUGACCAGCUUUUAGAGGUUCAGUUGGAACCAAAUGGAGAAUUGCUUUCUAAACAAAGAGUUAUUAUUACUGAAGAUGGAGAAUAUGAAGAAGAAGAUGGAACUAAUGACAAUGAAGAUAAUGAUAUAACAAAUAAAGAUGAAACCAAUGAGGCUGUAAACCGAAUACCAGCUGAAGAAAGAGAUUGGAACGACUAUGCAAACGAAGUUUCUGCAAAUAAUCAAUCAAUUAAAAGAAAAGCAGACGAUUCUAAUAAUGUUGUGAUUUUUAAAUUUGCUGAAGAUGAUAACGAAGAUAUGUCAUCAAAGAAAAAGAAAAGAGAGAUUCUACAUAAAAGAGCAUAUAUUCCCCGAUCGUCUUCACCACUUCCACCAGCGGGUGAAUCAAAAGUAGUGGUACAGCUAUUGUAUGGAAGUAAACAAUGGAAGCGAACAAUGGAUGGCGAUAUUAAAUCAAUUAUAAGAGAUAUGGCUUUGAGACGACCAGAACCUGCGGGUCGUAAGAUUGCCGCGUCUGACAACUUGUGUUCGGCUGUAAUGAAGAAUUACUCUAAACGAUUGGUGUCUGAAUGUAAAGAUGCCGCCAGAACUAUAAGAGUUGCCGAUUAUCAAGAUAUCACACAAUUAGAUAUGAAAACGUUUACAUCAGAAGUAUUUCUUAAGUGUCCAAAAACAGCUAAUUUGAUCAAAUCAUUGAUUCCGGUCGAACCAAGAGAUACUCUCGAUGAACAUUCGGCCACUGCUUUAAUAAUGGGAGUCAUUUUAUAUAUGCAUUCAAUGCAAUCAAAUACAUUACAACAUAUAUUAAGUUAUGUGUUGAGACGCGCCGGUUGUAAUCGUGAAGGCUUUAAAUUUCUACAUUCAUUGGGUCUGACUUUAAGUUAUACCAGUAUUUUGAAAAUAAUGAAUGAUAUCGACACUAAACCUGAUAUUGAAAAGUCUUCAAUUGAUACCAUAGAGAAAUCUAUCGAUUCAGUAGUUAUUAGAUCUAAAAACGAAUCUAAAAAAAGAAAUUCACAUUUGAUUACUCAAGACUCAGCACAAGAUCCAGUACUCGUUCAGUUAACUAUUCCUUAUUUUCCUUCCACUACUAUAACUACAUCCCGUUCCUCAUCGCUCACAUAUACGGGAAGUCAAUUGUCGAGUUCUAAUCAAACCACAUAUACAGCAGUUCCAUAUGAAAUGACUACUGACUCAUCUAAUGUAUAUACAACUCAAUAA